AUGAGACUUCUUAUUUCAUGUAUUUUAAUACUUUCAAUUUUGGUAAACUUUAUCAGUGGUCAUGCUGUUUUAGUUGCACCAACCCCAUUUUCUACCAACCCAAGUAAAACUAAACUAUGUGGUGGUGGUACAAAACAAACUGUUGCACAAAUUACUUGGUGUCCAAACUCAAGCAAAACAAACAGAGCCACAUGGAAAAUUGUUGUUGGUGAUGGUGCAGGUGCAGUCACAUUUAAAUUAGCAACUAAUGGUGGAACAACAGAAGGUGAUUUCACUACCACAUUAACAAGUAAAGUUCUUUCAGGUAGUGAUCCAAAGGAAGUUGGAACUUAUUAUAUGGAUGUCAGAGUUCCAACUGGUACCACAUGCACAGGUACCAAUGGUAUUUGUACACUCCAAGCCUACACAGAAAGCAGUGGUUGGUAUUCAUGCUCAGCUAUUAAACUUGACUCAAGUGCUUGUGAUAAAGCAGCAGAAGAAACCGCUUUGGUCGAAUACAAUGUCCAAGUUAAAGAUAAUGUCAAAUUCUGUGAUCAAGUUGUCAACAAAGUUGUUUUACUCCCAGCCGGUACACAAUUAGGUGAAUACGAUCAAAGAACUCAAGGUGUUUUCAAGAAUAAUAUGGCAAAUCCAUUAGUUAUUGGACAAAAUUCCUCUCAAUGUGGUAAUUUAUAUGAAAAAGUUUUAUGUGAUGUUAGUUUCCCACUUGCUCCAGGUUCUGAUGGUAAACCAAUUUAUCAAGUAACUCAAAAACAAUGUGAAGAUUUUAUUGAAGUUUGUGAUGUUGUAUCACAUGUUGAGUUAUACCCAUGUUCAAUUUAUGGUGAUGGUAAUGGUUCAAAUUUAAUCAUUAUCCCAACUUUAUUAAUAAUCUCUAUUUUAUCAUUGAUUUUAAUGUUUUAA